CCUAGACACCCAACGGGGAAUUUCAUAGCUGAAUAAAAGCCUAGAUACUUCCUAUAAGCCCUUUGAUAAUCCAAGUACAUAUCCCACGACACCAUAGCUGGGUGGUUAACACUCCCCGCAGUGAAGGCAGGAUCGCACCUUCCUCACGUGAGCGGCUGAGAUGGCGCCCACACAGCCUCACGCGUCUCAAAAUAAUCUGCAGCUUACGCCUUCACCAAUGAUGGAUCAUCAAGACCCUUGUGGCUGGGGCCACAUUGGCUGCCUGCUUGCACAUCAAACAGUAUUUCAUAAGGAAGUGACUUCGGUCCUCAAUGAGCCGCUAUAUUCUCUUCCAACAACCUUGAACGCUAACAACAAAUCUGUCAACACAAUAAGCGGGGGAGCCUGAAGAAUCCCACCCCACAAUGGCCGAAGCACUGGGCGUCGCAGUCAACAUCGCAGCCGUCCUGCAACUCGCGACGGAAAUCGCCCAGCUCAGCUACAAUUACGCCCGCGACGUCAAAAAUGCCCCAAAGACACAAAAGCAGUACCUUCAAGAGGUGUCCGCGCUCAUGGAAGUGCUCUUCCGCGUCGAGCAGGCGAUACACGAUGCAGAGACGACAGGUCUCCAUACCGAGCGACCACCAUCGCUUAGCGAUGACACGUUAAUGGACUGCUACAAGGCGCUCUCUGGCCUUGAGUUUGAUCUACAGAAGCGGAGAUCGCGGUUUCUGCAGCCGUUCCAUGAGAAGGAGUGGAGGGCUCAUAUCGACAUGUUGCACAAAUUCCGGUCGCUCUUUGCGGAUUUCCUCGCGUCUUGCAUUCUUGUGACGGGGAAUGCGACGUAUAAGAAGGUUUCGCUACUGAAUCAGGAGCAGGACCGGAGUAUUCUGCUCACGUGGCUACCACCAUCGAAUGCUGCAGUGCGGCAAAGGCCAGCGCCGUGUCCUGGUACGGGGACCGCGUUUCUCAAACAGGAUGCCGUUCAAGAGUGGCUUAGCAGAUCUUCCGACUUUCUAUGGUGCUAUGGGCCGCCGGGAGUGGGAAAGAGUUGCCUUGCGUCGCUCGUCGUCGAUGACCUGCUCAGAAAUCGUGUGCCAUCGGGCUCUCCUGUCAUCUCGUUCUUUUGCGACUUCUCCUCGCAGGACCAGCAGAAUACUCUUCAUAUCUUGCAUUCUCUUCUUCGUCAGAUGAUUGAACAGGGAUCUCCAGAAACGCUCGCCUCCAUCAAAGAAGCAUGCAAAGAUCCCGGCAAACUGCAAAACGCCAAUGAAGUCGCCCAGCUUAUCGCUACUGCUGGACUUUCACAGCCAGUCUACCUGCUGGUGGAUGCAAUCGAUGAGCUCAGAGAUCCGAGUGCUCUUCUUUCUCAUUUCUCAUCGUUUAUCUCAGCUGGGAUUAGCGUGCUGGUGACUAGUCGAGAUCUACCUCAUAUCCGAAAGAAAAUGAAAAUGGCCACUCACGUUGAGAUAUCUUCCGAUCCGGAAGACUUGAAGGUAUAUGUUGAAUCCCGGUUCCGUGAUAGUGACUUCUCCGACGAGGUCGAGGAGGAACCUAGCCUGAUUGACGAUGUGGUGGCGAAAUCCAGUGGCUUAUUCCUCCUCGCACGAUUGGUGCUCGACGAUAUACUCGAACUCUCAUCGGUCAAGCGGAUACGCAAAGCGAUAGCGAAACCACAGGCGAGCCUGGAACAAGCAUUCGAAGCUACCCUUGGCCGCAUCGACGCUCAAUCGAAAACCCGAAGUCUUUUGGCACGGCGAUUGCUUGGAUGGAUCACGUAUGCACCUCGUCGGCUGAAAAUGGAAGAGAUCAUCUGCGCAUUUUCGGUUGAAGAUGACGACGAAUUUGACCCUGAUAAUGGACCAAAUCCUGACAUCCUCCUUCGGUCAUGCCUCGGAUUAGUUGUUGUUGACCCCUCUGAUAAAACAGUUGGUCUUGUUCACACUACGGCAUAUGAGUUUCUCAAGCCGGGAAAUAUCUCUGAGACCCAGACCAACAUUGACAUCGCCGGCACCUGCCUGCGGUAUAUGACAAUGAAGCAUCUAGCAAGGCCGUGUAACAGUGCCACUGAGAUGUCGCAGCGGCUGACACAGAUGCCGUUCCUCGAAUACGCUGCGAAACACUGGGGGCGCCAUAUCUCGGGCGCAGACAAUGAGACAAGGUUGGAGCAGCUGGUCCUGAAGCUGCUACGCGACAAUGGCCUCCGGAAUAGUGCAUUCCAAGCCCUCCAAUAUCGACUCGAUCUUUCCGAUCAAUCCCUAGCUGAAGAUAUUUUCCAGUCCAUGCCAACCGAUCAGCAGGCACUGCAUAUCGCUGCCUACUGGGGUUUCACGCAUACGGCGGAGGAGCUUCUGGCCACUGGAGAGGAUGUUUCGUCUCUAGACUCGCAUAAGUGGACCCCCAUCCACUGGGCAUGUUCCAGGAAUCAUGAAGCCCUGGUCCAGCUGCUACUGCGGCAUGGAGCCGAACCCAAAGCGCAGGAUAUCCAGGGGUGGACUCCGUUGUUCUGGGCUGCUUUCAACGGAAACUCGCGUAUUGUACGACUCCUGCUAGACCACGGUGCAGAUCACCUCGCUAGAAGCAGUCUCGGCUGGACAGCCUUGCACUGGGCGGUGUCAAGCGGACAUUCCGAUUGUGUUAAGCUGCUCCUAGAGCACCAUGCGCAAUCUGAGCCAGAGCAGCCGCAAUUUCACCAAAUGAGUGUCGAAGAAGUAGAGGCAUACGCCGAAAGUCUCUUGCCACUCGAGAUCGCGGCGGACGGCAACGACGCAAAUAUCUUCGACUUGCUCGUCCAGUACCUACAGACACCAGGCGGCGAGGUUGGAGACGCCCAAUUCAACGCAAUUUGGUCAUCUUCGCGAUUCGAUUCUCCCAUUUCGGUCAAUCCCUGGAGGACACUGACCAAAGGUGAACAGGUCCAGGGGCGGGAAUAUUAUGUACCCAAAUUAAGCCGAUAUAAUGUGGAUGGUCCUAAUGGAUACCGGUCUGACCCAGUGACAUGGAAGUCUGCUCUUUUACUCUCCGCAAUUAGAGACGAGCAACUCUCCUCCGUGCAAUUGCUUAUCCAAUCAGGCGCGGAUGUGCAAUAUGGAAACGCACUUCACAUUGCAGCGUGCCGGGAGGACCCUCGCUUUGUCGAAUGCUUGCUCAAGGCCGGUGCUGAACCAAACGAGUAUAAUGCGCGAGGUCGAUCUGCGUUACACGAAGCCGUGCUUAACGGCUUCAUCGAUACAAUCAAGGCCCUGAUCGACGGUGGCGCGGACGUCAAUCAGCCGAUGCGCGAUGAGACAAAGACAGAAAGCUUCUGGAGUCGCGGCAUGUACAACACGGUAGAUGGCUCGACGCCCUUGAUACAGGCUUGCGGAUUUAGCCUUUUCAGGCCUAAAUCGGAGCUUGCUGUGAACAUUGCCCGUCUUCUGCUCUCGAGAGGGGCGGAUCCCGGCUUACAAGAUUCGUCCGGGAUGACAGCCUUGCAUUAUGCGGUCAUGCGACCAUAUCCGGCUCUGAUCAGAUUGCUCAUUGACGCAGGGUCUCCCUUGGAUACUGCCGAGCAAGACGGACGCCUGCCUAUUCAUAUUCUUGCAACAUGCCAGGAAAAGUAUCUCUCAGAGACUGAUCUCCAAGAAACCGUCAAGCUCAUCCUCGGUCCAGACCGUUAUGACACAACCCGGAAUCGUCUAAAUACACCAGCAAUUGGUCGGCAGGGGGUGCGCAGAAAAAAAGUCGAUUUAGGAGACACGAGCAAUCCCUCAGAGGAAGAGUUGGCAAAGGGCCGCACUCCAAUGGAAAUCGCGCUGAAAAAUAAACGGUGGCGCGUCACUAUCCUAUUCUACGAAUUCGGCGCGGAGCUUCCCAAGGAGAUACAGUUGGGACCGAUACUUGCGGCAGCUGCGCAAGACCUCGAUGUAAAUGUCGUCGACCUCCUCCUUGACCAGGGAGUCAAGCCACCAGAAUCACUCGUCUCCGGCCUGGUGUCAGCCUUUAUUGAGAAAUGCAAAGAUGGAUAUAGGCCUGAUGAUCGCCACGCGCUCUUCGAUGACAUACUAGGCAAAGUCGUUGGUGCUGGGGCAAACAUAGACUACCGGUCACAGGAGGGCGAUACACCACUCACGGCACUUAUCGCAGCAUCUGGGGUAACCGAGUCGCACAAGGCAUUUCCCAGAUUUGUGAGCCUGGGCGCGGAUAUUUUUGCGCCGUCAGAAAAGACAUUCGAUCCGAUACUCACCGCUGCGUUAUACGGAGAUGAGCAGGUGCUUCACGACCUUAUUGACUGGGCCAAAAACGUCGAGAACCAACAUCACUGGACAGAAGGGCUCAGAGAGAUCGAGCCGAAGACUGAAGGAAAUUUCCUCCGUGUGUCUCGCGGACUGCAGAGGGCAGAGGCUCUUGACAAUGUGAAUUCGGAAGGACGCACCCUCCUUCAUCUGGCUGCAGAGACUGGCAACGUCCGGCUGGUAGAAACACUGUUGUCCUGCGGCGCUCGGGCAGACAUCACCGACGCAAAAGACUGGCUGCCCGUGCACUGCGCAGGCUUCGCGCAGCAAGCCGGGGCGCUGAAAGCCCUGCUCUUCUUUUCAGGUGACGAAUUCUCACUGUCGAACGUUGCUGCUCCUGCUCCUGCUCCCGACAAAAGCUUUUGGCUCGAGGCACUAGUGAAGCCGAACGAUAUCAGCUUGAAUGUCCUGCACUGUGCGGUUCGCGAAAAUAACGUCGGGAUGGUUGAGCACCUCCUCGCAUACGGGAUGGACCCAAACACAAAAAUGCCAGACGGGUGGAAAACUGGCCCGAUCCUCUGCGAUGCCGCGUACAAGGGACGCAGCGAGCUCGUUUCCACUUUACUGGCGCAUGGAGCAACUGUUGCCGCAACUGACAACUAUGGCUGGAACGCCCUGCACAACGCCUGUUACGCUGGCCACACCGACCUUGCCUUGACCCUGAUAAAGGCGGGAGUCAAUGUCCACACACCAACGGUGCAGUGGAACAACCCCAGCUACAAGCCAACGGCCCUAUACGAGGGCAAUCCAUGGGCCGGCACACCACUCCACCUCGCCGUGAUGGCCGGGAACGCCGAGCUCGUGAGGAUCCUCUUAGACAUGGACGUCAACAUCCGCGCGAGUACCUCCUGUGGACAGCAAUACCUUUCCAUACCGGCGCACGGUCCAACGGCUCUCCAUCUGGCGCUGGAUACGGGGACGUUCUAUGCGCGGAAGGGGCAGGCGUUGGAUAAGGAUCGGCUGACGAUUGCGCAGUGGCUUGUUGAGAGGGGUGAGAUGGUAAAUGGGGUUAUCGGUAAGUUUAAGAUGCGGGAUGUGUUGAUGUUCAAGGAGUUUCCCGGGUUGUGGGAUGCGUUGAGGGAAGGUGAGAGGGCGGCGCAGGAGGCGAGAAAUGAUAACCAUAGUGGUUGAUUGGGACCCUGUCGGUGGUGGUAUCCAAGGCAACAGGAUAGUGACAGGAAACCUGGAGAGGGGGUGAAAACCUGUUUCUGGACUUGAUCGAACAGUGACGGGCCUCUGAUGAGCUGGUCGUCUUUGGCGAGAGCACCAGUCUGUUGUCUGGGUGACGCUGUUUGACAGCAGAGGUUAGACGGAAAGAGGCCAUGAGCAAGGCAAGGCAAGAAUUGGAUAUGGAUUGUCACGCUUAUUUGACCAACACCAAUCAAAUCGAGAUAGAACUUCAGGAGAUAUGAAGCUUGCAGCAAGAGUCUUAUUUUUAACUCCUCAUCUCGUCCAGAGUCCAGACUCAGGCAACAACAUUCACAUUCAUCCCGGCGGCGUCGCCGGCGCCAACAGACGAGCAGAGCAUAAUUCAGGGGCAGAUCGGAAUCCAGACAAGUAAAAUCCGAGACACACCAGGGUCUGUCCGGGU